AUGUCACACGAGGAGGAUCUUAUUGACUACUCCGACGAGGAGAUUGGCGCCAACGAGACCGCCAACGCCGCCACCAAGAAGGGCGAGCUCGCCGCCAACAGCAACGUCGACAAGAAGGGUAGCUAUGUCGGCAUUCAUUCCACCGGUUUCCGCGACUUCCUGCUGAAGCCCGAGCUUCUGCGCGCCAUCGGAGACUGCGGUUUCGAGCAUCCAUCGGAGGUCCAACAAACCUGCAUUCCUCAGGCUCUUCUCGGUGGUGAUAUCAUUUGCCAGGCUAAGUCUGGUCUCGGUAAGACUGCUGUCUUUGUUCUCGCCACUCUGCAGCAGGUCGAGCCCGUCAAUGGCGAGGUCUCAGUCGUGGUCAUGUGCCAUACUCGUGAGCUGGCCUACCAGAUUCGCGAUGAGUACAACCGUUUCAGCAAGUACAUGCCCGACAUCAAGACAGGCGUCUUCUACGGUGGUACUCCCAUCAAGACCGACAUGGAGACCCUGAAGAACAAGGACACUUGCCCCCACAUCAUCGUUGGCACACCCGGUCGUCUCAAGGCUCUUGUCCGCGACAAGGCUCUCCGCCUCGGCAGUGUUCGUAUCUUUGUUCUCGAUGAGUGCGACAAGAUGCUCGACCAACCCGAUAUGCGCACCGACGUCCAGGACGUUUUCCGUGCUACUCCCCACCAGAAGCAGGUCAUGAUGUUCUCAGCGACUCUGUCCGAGGAGGUCAAGCCCAUCUGCAAAAAGUUCAUGCAGAACCCUACCGAGCACUAUGUUGACGAGGACACCAAACUCACUCUGCACGGUCUGCAGCAGUACUACAUCAAACUUGAUGAGAAGGAGAAGAACCGCAAGCUCAACGACCUUCUCGAUGAGCUUCAGUUUAACCAGGUCAUCAUCUUUGUCAAAAGCACUGUCCGCGCUACCGAGCUGGACAAGCUGCUCCGCGAAUGCAACUUCCCCUCGAUUGCUGUCCACUCAGGCGUGAGCCAAGAGGAGCGUAUCCGCCGAUACAAGGAGUUCAAGGAGUUCAAGAAGCGCAUCUGCGUUGCCACUGACGUUUUCGGUCGUGGUAUUGAUAUCGAGCGCAUCAACCUGGCCAUCAACUACGACUUGUCCGCCGAUGCCAGCUCCUACCUUCAUCGUGUUGGUCGUGCCGGUCGAUUCGGUACCAAGGGUCUCGCUAUCUCGUUUAUCAGCAGCGAGGAUGACCAGAAGGUUCUUGGCGAGAUUGAGAAGCGCUUUGAGGUCGCGCUCCCUGAGUUUCCCAAGGAGGGUGUUGAUGCCAGCACCUACAUGGCUUCCUAG